AAUUAGCGUACCGCUGCGUUUAAGGGCGCCAAGAUCUGCCCUGGAGGCUCAGCAGUUUUGCUGCAGCUGCUUCACUUGAGCCCGGCACUCCUCUAGGAGCCUGGAAGUGCAACUUGGUGUUGAAAAGAAUCUGAAAAGAUAAUUCUAGAUUUGCAUAAUUCAAAGAUCCUGUGUGCCCUUUAUCCAGUUUCCUCCAAUGUCAUCCAAGGACACUGCCAUUUCCCAAGAGAAGAGCCAAGAAGAGGAAAGAAUGGCUGUUGGACUUCUUAAAGCCAUGUACCAGGAGUUGGUGACCUUCAGAGAUGUGGCUGUAGACUUCUCCAGAGAAGAGUGGGAUUGUCUAAAUUCUUCUCAAAGGCAUCUGUACAGUAAUGUGAUGUUGGAGAAUUAUAGGAUCUUGGUGUCCCUAGGACUUUGCUUUUCUAAGCCAAGUGUGAUAUUAUUAUUGGAACAAGGGAAAGAGCCCUGGAUGGUGACGAGAGAGCUGGCCAAAGGCUUGUGCUCAGCACUGCUUUUGAUGUAUCCCAUACUUUUUGGCUGGGAAUCUAGGUGUGAGACUGAAGAAUUAACCUCAAAGCAAGAUAUUUAUGAAGCACAAUCAUCCCAGAAGAUUCUAGAAAAACUUACAAGCUGUGGCCUUGAGUAUUCCAGUUUAAGAGAAGAAUGGAAAUGUGAGGACCAUUUUGAGACACAGCCAGUAAAUCAGAAGUCAUGUUUCAAGGAAGAGACAAUCACUCAUGAAGAAGCCCUUGUUAAUAAAAGAGCACAAGAAUAUAACAAAUCUUGGGGAAAUUUCCAUCCGAACACACUGCUUCAUACACAACAGAUAACCACCAAAGAGGAGAAAGUACAUAAACAUGAUACACAUAAGAAAAGCUUUAAAAAAAAUUUAAUGGCCAUUAAGCCCAAGAGUAUCUAUACAGAGAAAAAACUUUUGAAAUGUAAUGACUGUGAAAAAGUCUUUAGCCAGAGCUCAUCUCUUACUCUUCAUCAAAGAAUUCAUACUGGAGAGAAACCAUAUAAAUGUGUAGAAUGUGGAAAAGCCUUCAGCCAGAGAUCAAAUCUUGUUCAACACCAGAGGAUUCAUACUGGAGAGAAACCCUAUGAAUGUAAGGAAUGUAGGAAAGCCUUCAGUCAGAAUGCACACCUAGUUCAGCAUCUGAGAGUUCACACUGGAGAAAAACCUUAUGAAUGCAAAGUGUGUAGGAAAGCCUUUAGCCAGUUUGCUUACCUUGCUCAACAUCAGAGAGUUCAUACUGGAGAGAAGCCUUAUGAAUGUAUUGAAUGUGGAAAAGCAUUUAGCAAUAGAUCAUCCAUUGCUCAACACCAGAGAGUUCAUACUGGUGAGAAACCUUAUGAAUGUAAUGUCUGUGGGAAAGCAUUUAGCCUUCGUGCAUACCUUACUGUACACCAGAGAAUACAUACUGGAGAGAGACCCUAUGAAUGUAAGGAAUGUGGGAAGGCUUUCAGCCAGAAUUCACAUCUUGCUCAACAUCAGAGAAUUCAUACUGGAGAAAAACCUUAUAAAUGUCAAGAAUGUAGGAAAGCAUUCAGCCAGAUUGCCUACCUUGCCCAACAUCAAAGAGUUCAUACUGGAGAGAAACCCUAUGAAUGUAUUAAGUGUGGGAAGGCUUUUAGCAAUGACUCAUCCCUUACUCAGCAUCAGAGAGUUCAUACUGGAGAGAAGCCUUAUGAAUGUAACGUUUGUGGAAAGGCUUUCAGUUACUGUGGAUCCCUUGCCCAACAUCAGAGAAUUCAUACUGGAGAGAGACCCUAUGAAUGUAAGGAAUGCAAGAAAACUUUCAGGCAGCAUGCACACCUUGCUCAUCAUCAGAGAAUCCAUCUUGGGGAGUCACUCUCACCACCCAAUCCAGUCAAUCACCAAGUUCUCUAGACACUAUCUCAUAAAUAUAUCCAGAAUUUAUGUUCUUUUUUUUCUAUCUCUAAAGUCACCGUAGAUUCAUCUCACCUCAAUCACCAUACGGUAGCCUUCCAAGAGGUCUUCCUAUAUCAACUUUUGAUCCCCUUAAAUUCAUUCCCACCAUGCCCCAAACUGAUUUUUUUGAGUAUAAGAAUACAUCACUGCCUCCAGUUAAAACUUUUUUUUUCUUUUUUGGCUUAUUAUUUUCUUAAACUAACAUCCUCAGUCUUUAAAUUGUCUAUGAGGUGCUUCAUUAUCUGGUUCUUACAUACCUUUCAGUCUUAUUUAUUCCAGUCUCCUUCACUGAGCACUAGGCACUUCCCAGGACUAAGAGCUUAGAUUCUGGAAAAUCAGCUCUACAACUGCUGUGGCAUUGUACGACUUUGAGUAAUUUGUGUGACUUAUCUAAACCUCAGGGUUUUCUUUAAUUCUUCAAAUAGGGAUAAUAAAGGAUACUGUAUUGUAGAACUGUGAUUAUUAAAUGAUAUAGUGUCUGUUGUAGACUGAUGCAUAUAAAGGAAUAAAUUUGCAUGUAAAGUGCUUCACGUAGCACAUCAAUUAUAGCAGAUAUUCAAUAAAUCAUAAUAGCUAACGUGUAUUGAGUGUCUACUCUGCACCAGGCACUGUUCUACAUACUCAGCAUAUGUUAAGUUACUUACUCCACAGCUAGAACAAAAUUCUUCAGUGGACAAAGUAGAACAUCCCUGGGAAGCAGCAGGUCAGAAUUAAGAAAACCUAAAAAUUUUAGAAACAUAAGUGGGAGUCUUUGCACUCUAGAUACGUAAUCAGGAUAGACAACAAGUAGUAGAACUACUAACACCUACAACCAGUUUUAGGAAGUUUCUAAAGAGAAUUGGAUAAACAAUAUAAGGAGAAUGAUGAUUGAGAAGAAUACAGAACUCACAUUUAGAUCAAGAAAAGAAUAGAGGAUCACAACUCCAAAAAACCAAUAAACAUAGAAAUUCAUACUGUCCCAUAAAAAUAUACCAGGCCCACGCAAUUGUAUGGGUGAAUCUAAGUAAUUUAAGAAGCAUUUAAAUUGUUCUACACCACAGAAAAAGUAUAAAGUUUGUGAAUGUUUUAGCCAGUGGUUGUAAAAUUUAAACCAAAUAGGAAUUAAGGGUAAAAAGCUACAGAUAAAUAUAUAUAG